UUCCGGUCCAAUUCUUCCGCUUUUAAAAUAACCUACGCCACAUGUUCAUGUCCAAUUGCUUGCUCUUUGUCGUUACAGUAAAAUAGAUUCUAUGCAAUUCUAUUGUAUACUACAACCACUCUCCUCCAUUCCUCUUCUCUCUCUCUCUCUCUCUUGAAUCUCCCAUGAUUUUGGGUUCCAAAUCGAACCAUUUCCCAGAUCAGAAAAUGGACAGAAAUCAAGAAUUGGCAGUAGCCCGGAUGAGGGAUUCAGUUGAGAAGCUUGGUUUUUCGACAGAGGGAUAUGGAGAUUUUACUCUGAUGAGAUUCUUGAUCGCAAGAUCAAUGGAUUCGGACAAGGCUGUAAAGAUGUUUGUGCAGUGGCGGAAAUGGAGGGCUGAUUUUGUGCCACUUGGCUACAUCCCUGACGCUGAAGUUGCAGAUGAACUCAGUGCAGGGAAAAUCUUCUUACAGCCCCCUCUAAGAACAGGAAUUCCACACCCUUUGCUCAUCGUCAAAGCCUCCAAGCAUUUCCCUUCCAAGGAUCAGCUUCAAUUCAAAAAAUUCGUCGUGCAUUUGCUGGACAAGACCAUUGCAAGUGCUGUUAGAGACAAAGAAUUGGGAAAUGAGAAGUUGAUUGGCAUUCUUGAUCUGGACAAGAUUUGCUAUAGUAACAUUGAUGCUCGGGGCUUGAUCACCGGCUUCCAGUUCUUGCAAGCAUAUUACCCGGAACGUUUAUAUAAAUUGUACCUGUUGCACAUGCCCGGAUUCUUUGUGCGUGUUUGGAGACUCAUUUCGCGGUUUCUUGAGAAAGCUACAUUGGAGAAGGUAAUGAUUGUGACCAACGAAGAAGAAAGAAAGGAGUUUGUUCGCAGUGUCGGGGAAGAAUUUUUGCCGGAAGAAUACGGCGGACGAGCUAAGCUAACACUAAUGCAAGACGUGGUGCUAACACCACCACCACCACCAUCAUCAUCAUCAUCAUCGGAGGAGGAGGAAUGAUUGAUCUGAUGGAUGGCUAACUUGGGAAACACAGACACACAUAUUGGUGUAUUUGUAUCUCUCUAUCUGUACGUAAUGUUAGAGGAAAAUAAAGGUAAGGAAGGGUGGCAAUUCUUCUUGUUUAAGGAUAUAUGUAAAAGGUAGAAGUGAUCAUACGUAACAAUAUGGUCACAAACUGUACGUCCAACACACUUUAAUCCGAGGAUGCAAUAAAAUUGAAGUCAUCGCCA